GGGCGUUAUUGGCCGGGCUUGUCAGAGCACCGGAUGUGACGCCAGCGGAAGCCCGGCAGUACCCCAGCGAGCGACUGGCAGGGCGCCGUUGCCAAGGGAGAAGCUCUGCCCGUGGCAUCAUGGUGAAUUUCCACAUCCGCGAGUACCGUGCCGAGGAUUAUGAGACGGUGCGUGACUUGUUUGCCACUGGGAUGAGCGAGUAUGUGCCCACGUUGUGCGUCCACAUGCUGAAGCAGCCAUGGGUGAUCCUAGUUCUGGCCUGCACCUUUUGCCUGCUGCUCACCAGUUCCAAAUCGCUUCUCCUGCCCAUCCUCGCCAUCACUCUGCUAGUGGCCAUGGGCCGGCAAUUGCUGGGCUACGUUUGGUCCAUGUACAUCGAUCACUGCUUGCAGGCGGACCUGCUGGACAUCCAGGCAACGUACAUGGGCGGCAAAGGCUCCUGCUUCUGGGUAGCUGAGGUGGAUGAGUGUGUGGUGGCCACUGUGGGGGCUCGACCCUCAGAGGAGCACCCGGAGGAGCUCAUGUUGAAACGCAUGUCAGUUCGCAAGGAUUACCGAGGUCUCGGCAUUGCCAAGGCCCUCUGCAAGACCGUGAUCUCCUUUGCCCGAGAACACAGCUACCAGUCGGUGGUGCUGAACACCCUCAUGGUGCAGCAUGAAGCCCGCACCAUGUACAGCAAUGUCGGUUUCCGCGUGUAUCGCCACUACGUCUUACCCACCAUCUACGGCAGGUUGGCCAACUGUACCGUUUCCAAGUAUCGAUAUGAUAUCCCUUCUGUGGGCUGAGGAGGAGAGCCAAAACAUUGCCUGUGAGCACUGACUGGAUCUGGGAUUUCAACCUGUUUGUCCCUCGGACAGCAGAUUCCAUGGAAUAAAGAGAACGGGAACUAGUCACUUUUGGUUUGGGGCGAGGGAGCACAUCUUCAGCUUUUUGAGUGUUAAUGUUCAGGUUGUUAAAGAGGGCAUUUGGCAGGAAACGGGGCCCCAAGGAGAUGUAGUAAUGAAGGAUGCUGAAAAAGUAUAUAUUUUCCAUGUCUUUUCUUCUGCUUGCAAUACCUGGGAUCUUGAUUUGGAAGAGAACAUGGCUUAGAGGUUUUCAUUCGUGGAGAAAGCAAGCUUCUUUGCGACUCUGGGACAUUCUCCUCUGAUCUCAUGGCAACAGUUUUAAGCUUGUCAGCACUUUUGCCUCAGGGUAGUUGUUUCUUCGUUGAAAGAGAGAGAGAGAGAGAGAGAGAGAGGACAGUUCUUGAACUACUGAGUCAGUGAGUGGCCCAGAAGCCAGGGUGCCACGUUGCCAACAUCAACAAGGCCCAUUUGCCUUCUCAGGUGGGCUCAGCAGAUCCCAGAGGCCUUUUCUCCACCCUGGGAUGAGCAAGUACAUGCCCACUUUUUGUGUCCACAUGCUGAAGCAACCAUGGAUGAUCCUGGUACUAGGCUUGCAUCUUCUGCCUGCUGCUCACCAGGUGAUGCAGAAAUGCCUGUUUUCUCAGCCUGCACAACAAGUGGACCUCAGUGUCCAGUUGAAUGCAUAGAAGAACGUGCCGUCUUUGUCUUUACUUGUAUUGCAACUCAAACUUGGUUCAGUCAUAAAAGAAAACCACGGUUUGGCAGUAUGCAAGCAGCUUGGAAGGGUUGCUCACAAAAUCCGUCCUGUCUUUGUGAAAGUUAAUUAUUUCUAGUUUUGAGCAUACCAUAGUUUGCCGUUACAUCCAGAACCGCAAACUGUGGUUUAUACUUGUCCUGUAAUACCAGUUUGCUCCUGUUCUGGAAUCCUGAUUUUCAGGUUAAACAGAAAGCCUGACUUCAUGAAGAUAUGCGAACGUGCCAAUUGCCUCAUGUCUCAUUUUGUAAUGAGUUUCUGGACCAUCUGAAUGCAGAGAAUGAAGAUUCAUGUGCUUUCCCUAUACUGAUCAAUGUAUUUUUAUUUGUAUUAAAUCACAGAACUCUUA